AUGGAAAGAAUCAAUGUGGGGAUGCACGUCGAUAUACGACGUUCAGAUGGUCGAGUUCACAAUGCUGUUAUCAGUGAAGUCCGUAAGGGAACACAGUCGGUGACUGGAGAAACUAAAGGUAAAGAGAUCGAUUUAAGAACGCUGUUAGCAAUUAAUCCUACAUUGGCCGCACCACCUCCUUCGACGUCUUCAUCGAUGAAUUUUGCCCCUUCUAUUACCAAUGAUGAAAAUCAUUCAGGAGCAUCAGUAGAACUUCAACAAAGAACUCAGAAUAAUAAUGAAACGGAAAUUAGACGCCACAACCAAAAAUUGGUUACCUCACGGGCCAAUAAUGUUGGUCCACAGUUCGCAGCUACGAAUGGAAGUAAUGCUGCAUCGAAUACACAGAUGAACGGAUACAAUCGUGUAAGCCUGCUCCAAGCUCCUAGUAAACUUCCACCGCCAAAGCAACAACGUUAUACUCUUGAUCCUUCAUGUUUCGAAGUUGAUUCCUUGACAGCAGCGGCGAACGAAACAGUGGAUAUCAGUGCACUAAAGAGUGGCCAACAACAUCAAAAUCAAAAAUCCUCUACUAUGCAGGAAAUUGAGCGACUACAAAGAAACAGAGAAGAACGACGUGCUCAGCAGCAAGAGGCAAGAAGGCAGAAAGAACAGCUGAAGAGUAUUGAUCCCGGUAAUCCAAAUUGGCAGUUUUUGACAAUGAUUCGUGAUUACCAGUCACAAAUCGAUUUCCGUCCAUUGAAAAUGUCCGAUCAGGUCACUGAUCACCGAAUCUGCGUUUGUGUUCGAAAGAGGCCUCUCAAUAGGAAAGAAAUCAUGAAAAAAGAAAUUGAGGUGAUAACUAUUCCAAACAGGGACCAUUUGAUUGUUCAUCAACCUCAAGUAAAAGUGGAUUUGACGAAAUAUUUGGAAAAUCAAAAAUUUCGAUUCGAUUAUACUUUUGACGAAAAUACAAGUAAUGAGAUGGUUUACAAGUUCACUGCACAGCCGCUCGUGAAAACAAUCUUCGAGCAAGGUUUUGCUACUUGCUUUGCUUACGGCCAAACAGGAUCUGGUAAAACCCAUACCAUGGGUGGCGAUUUCACAGGUAAAAUGCAGGAUUGUACUAAAGGUAUAUACGCCCUUACAGCAAGUGAUGUGUUCAAGCUGUUACACAAAGAUUAUAAAAGAUAUAGCCUCCAAGUCUGCUGCAGUUUUUUCGAGAUAUACGGUGGUAAAGUCUUUGAUCUUAUCGGAAAUAAGGCCAUGUUACGGGUGUUAGAAGAUGGUAAAAAAGAGGUUCAAGUGGUUGGAUUGCAAGAAGUGCCGGUUCAUGACGAAGAUGAUGUUCUAGAGUUAAUAAAGAAGGGGACAUUGAUGCGGACGGCAGGUACAACUUCUGCUAACGCCAAUUCAUCUCGAUCACAUGCUGUGUUUCAAAUUAUUCUUCGUAAAAGAACGGAGAAAGGAUUAGGACGCAUAUGGGGAAAAUUUUCCUUGAUUGAUUUAGCGGGCAAUGAGCGAGGUGUCGAUACAAUAAAUACAGAUCGGCAAACUCGUAUGGAAGGUUCAGAAAUCAAUAAAUCUCUUCUAGCUCUCAAAGAGUGUAUAAGAGCAAUGGGUCGGAAUUCAGCCCAUGUUCCAUUUCGAGCUUCCAAAUUAACGCUUGUCCUUCGUGAUAGUUUCAUUGGUUCGAAUGCAAGGACGUGUAUGAUAGCAAUGAUUAGCCCCGGCAUGUCUUGUUGCGAGCAUACUUUGAAUACUUUACGAUAUGCUGACAGAGUAAAAGAAUUAGGUGCUGAAGAUGGAUUGAAUUCACCAAUGGAGGAUGAAGAGCUUAUGUUAAGUAAUAUUGAUGAGGAUUGUGAUAUUCUGCAGUCAAGAAAUGGAGUGAACGAUGAAAGAUAUCGAUUGCAGAGAACAUUACAAAAUAUAUCCCUAGCGGAAGAGAAGUCCUGUAACGAGUUAACUACACUGUAUGAAGAUAUGGAGAGAACAAAGGCGGAAAUGGCAUCUUUGUUAAAGCGGCCAAGUAAAGUGGAUUAUGACAUUGAUGCUUUUGCUAUCGAUUUGCAAAAUUUUGCUCGUGACCAGCGUGAUAGAUAUAUGCGUUUAUAUGAUAAUGCCGAGUGUCUAGUAUCAGAACUUGGUAAGGAAUCGGAGAUUAGUAAAAAGCAAACAAAUCAUAAGCGGCAUUGA